AUGGAUUUUGACCGACAUUCUUCCUCCUCUCCCACUCUCACCCCGCAGCCUCCUCUCCCACUCUCACCCCGCAGCCUCCUCUCCCACUCUCACCCCGCAGCCUCCUCUCACCCUGCAGCCUCCUCUCCCACUCUCACCCUGCAGCCUCCUCUCACCCUGCAGCCUCCUCUCACCCCGCAGCCUCCUCUCCCACCCUCAGCCUCCUCUCACCCACCCUCCUCCUCUCCCACUCUCACCCCGCAGCCUCCUCUCCCACUCUCACCCCGCAGCCUCCUCUCACCCUGCAGCCUCCUCUCCCACUCUCACCCUGCAGCCUCCUCUCCCACUCUCACCCCGCAGCCUCCUCUCACCCCGCAGCCUCCUCUCACCCUGCAGCCUCCUCUCCCACUCUCACCCCGCAGCCUCCUCUCCCACUCUCACCCCGCAGCCUCCUCUCCCCCGCAGCCCCCCAGCCUCCUCACCCUGCAGCCUCCUCUCCCACUCUCACCCCGCAGCCUCCUCUCACCCAGCAACCUCCUCUCCCACUCUCACCCUGCAGCCUCCUCUCCCACUCUCACCCUGCAGCCUCCUCUCCCACUCUCACCCCGCAGCCUCCUCUCACCCAGCAACCUCCUCUCCCACUCUCACCCUGCAGCCUCCUCUCCCACUCUCACCCUCCUCCUCUCCCACUCUCACCCCGCAGCCUCCUCUCCCACUCUCACCCUGCAGCCUCCUCUCCCCCGCAGCCUCCUCACCCCGCAGCCUCCUCUCACCCCGCAGCCUCCUCUCACCCCGCAGCCUCCUCUCCCACUCUCACCCCGCAGCCUCCUCUCCCACUCUCACCCCGCACCUCCUCUCCCACUCUCACCCCGCAGCCUCCUCUCCCACUCUCACCCCGCAGCCUCCUCUCCCACUCUCACCCCGCAGCCUCCUCUCACCCUGCAGCCUCCUCUCCCACUCUCACCCCGCAGCCUCCUCUCCCACUCUCACCCUGCAGCCUCCUCUCACCCUGCAGCCUCCUCUCACCCUGCAGCCUCCUCUCACCCUGCAGCCUCCUCUCACCCUGCAGCCUCCUCUCACCCCGCAGCCUCCUCUCCCACUCUCACCCUGCAGCCUCCUCUCACCCUGCAGCCUCCUCUCCCACUCUCACCCUCCUCCUCUCCCACCCUCACCCUGCAGCCUCCUCUCCCACUCUCACCCCGCAGCCUCCUCUCCCACUCUCACCCUGCAGCCUCCUCUCACCCUGCAUUCUCCUCUCCCACUCUCACCCAGCAGCCUCCUCUCCCACUCUCACCCCGCAGCCUCCUCUCCCACUCUCACCCUGCAGCCUCCUCUCCCACUCUCACCCAGCAGCCUCCUCUCCCACUCUCACCCAGCAGCCUCCUCUCCCACCCUCACCCUGCAGCCUCCUCUCACCCAGCUGAAGAGGAGGUGGGCCAGGCUGAAGAGGAGGUGGACUCUACCUAUGGGGACCAGGCUGAAGAGGAGGUGGACUCUACCUAUGGGGACCAGGCUGAAGAGGAGGUGGACUCUACCUAUGGGGACCAGGCUGAAGAGGAGGUGGACUCUACCUAUGGGGACCAGGCUGAAGAGGAGGUGGACUCUACCUUCCAGGCUGAAGGGGACCAGGGGACCAGGCUGAAGAGGGGUGGACUCUACCUAUGGGGACCAGGCUGA